AUGGGAUGCGUGCUGGCACCUACCCUCUUCAUUCUUAUGCUCUCUGCAGUGCUGAUGGACGCCUACCGCGACGAACGCCCCGGUAUCCGCAUCGCCAACAGGCCGGAUGGUCACCUCCUGAAUCAACGGCGGAUGCACUUCCGAUCACGCGUAUUCACAACCAUCGUCCACGAACGCCUCUUCGCCGAUGACUGCGCCCUGAACACCACCUCGGAAGAGGAGAUGCAACGGAGCAUGGACCUUUUCUCCGCCGCCUGCAAGAGCUUCGGUUUGGUAAACAACACGCAGAAGACGGUGUUGAUGCACCAACGGCCACCCAACUCAGCCGCACAACCCAACGCGCUAUCUCCGCAAAUCAGCUUGAACGUCACCCAUCUACAAUUUGUGGAUAAAUUCCCAUACCUGGGCAGUGCCCUAUCCUGUAACACCAAAAUCGAUGACGAAGUGGCCCGCAGGAUUCCGUAA